CACGCAGCGAAGAAAACAGCGUCUUUCAAAACCGGAUCAUAAUAUUGAUAAUAUAGAAUUUUGAUGAUACAAAAGUUAACUAUCUGUUAUUGGAAUUCGUAUUUUCACACCUCCAUGGUGAAGAUAAUGCAAACGAAAAGCGGUCGCCACAGCGGAUCAUCUUCCUCCAUCUCACCCUGUCUACUGCUUCCUCUUCUCUCCAACCUACAGACCUCAUGUCCACUUUGACCACAUCCAUAAAUCUCCUCUUUGGCCUUCCUCUCCACCUUCUGCCUGUUAUAGGUUGAGUCAGGGGGGCAGCAGCCAAAGCGAAGACGGCCAGAAUUCACUUCCUCCAGAAUCCCUAACGGGCUACACCAAAACAUUCCCAUGACUCCAGAUUUGCCUCUCUCCACUUGGACAUCACCUUGGCUCAUCAAUAGGAAGAUGUCUCGGAAGCAACGUGACCAGUUCCUCGACACCUCAGGGCUGCAGCUCAGGACAGAGUGCAAAACGGAUGAGGACCGUUCCACACAUCAUGGAGGGUCUCAGGGAAGCUCCGCUCGACAGGUCUGGCAGUAAUUAUGGCAGCAGCGGGAAGAGGAUGAAGGGAGCGCCACAUCCAGGGGUGCCAUUAAUGGGCUUGAUGUUGUUGGCCGUCCUUCCUGUCGUGGCGAGCAUCAAACAGAGUGUCCCGAGGGUCAAGCUCAGCCACAGAGAACUCUUGCAAACCGGCGGCGUGUCUUUGUUUUUGGGAUCCUCUGACGGCCUCCACUCCCACUCGCUUCUGCUGGACGAGGAGCAGGGUCGCCUUCUUUUGGGAGCCAGAGACCAUGUUUACUUGUUUGAUCUUGAUAAUCUCGCCAAAGGUCCCCGGAAGAUUCACUGGCCAGCGUCCCGAGAUCGAGUCAACAUGUGCAAGCUGGCAGGAAAAAACGCUAAUGAGUGUGCUAACUUUGUCCGAGUCCUCCACAACUACAAUGCGACUCGCGUGUACGCCUGUGGAACCGGAGCCUUCCACCCGAGCUGUGCUUUUAUUGAAGUUACUGGUCACAGACAGGAUGGUGUCUUUCAACUGCUGUCCAGCACCGUGGAAUCGGGAAGACUGAAGUGUCCAUUUGAUCCUUGGCAGCCGUUCACCUCUGUCCUUGCAGACCAGCACCUGUACGCAGGAACGGCCUCUGACUUCCUUGGCAAAGACACAACAUUCACUCGGUCUCUGGGUCCCACCCCGGAUCAGCAGUACAUCCGCACUGACAUCUCUGAAGACUACUGGAUCAAUGAGGCCAAGUUUAUAUCUGCUCAUCCCAUCGCCGACACUUACAACCCAGAUGACGACAAGAUUUACUUUUUCUUCCGCGAGGUGUCGUGGGAAGGCAACGACAAGAGCAUCCUGUCCCGUGUGGCUCGAGUGUGUAAGAACGACGUUGGCGGGAUCAGGAGUUUAACCAACAAAUGGACCACAUUCCUCAAAGCCAGACUCGUGUGCUCCAUCCCGGGACCAGAUGGAGUGGACACACACUUUGAUGAGCUGCAGGAUAUUUUCCUGCUUCCGACCCGCGAUGACAAGAACCCAAAAGUGUACGCCGUCUUCACCACCUCCAGCUCAGUUUUCAGGGGGUCGGCUGUGUGUGUCUACAGCAUGGCAGACAUAAGAGCUGUGUUUAACGGCCCUUACGCUCACAAGGAAGGGCCGGAUCACAGAUGGGUUGAGUAUGAGGGCAGAAUACCGUAUCCUCGUCCUGGAACGUGUCCAAGUAAAACCUACGAUCCACGGAUCAAGACCACCAAGGACUUCCCCGAUGAGGUUGUCAGUUUUAUCCGUUUCCAUCCGCUGAUGCAUCGUUCUGUCCAACCUCUGACCGGACGACCCGUCUUCACGCGAGUCCGAGUGGAUUACACCCUCACCAAGAUCGUGGUCGACCGAGUGUCUGCGGAGGAUGGGCAGUAUGAAGUCAUGUUCCUUGGAACUGAUGUGGGCACAAUUCUGAAGGUGGUGAGCAUCACUCAAGCCAACUGGUCGACUGAGGAGGUGGAGCUGGAAGAGCUUCAAGUGUUCAAGACGCCUAGUCCUAUACUGAGCAUGAAGAUAUCGUCCAAACAGCAACAACUGUAUGCAGGCUCCAGCGAGGGACUGGCGCAGGUUCCUCUGAGCAGAUGUCAUCUCUACGGUCAAGGCUGCGCCGACUGCUGUUUGGCCAGAGACCCGUACUGCGCCUGGGAUGGACAGACCUGCUCCCGAUACAUCCCUGCAUCCAAGAGGAGAGCCAGGCGACAGGACAUCAAGCACGGCGACCCGGCCAGUCAGUGCUGGGAGACUGACAGUCGCGCUGGCGAACGGGUGGAAGAGAAGAUUCUCUUUGGGAUUCAGAGCAACUCCACCUUCCUUGAAUGCAUCCCCAAAUCUCAGCAGGCCCAAGUCCGCUGGUACUUCCAGAGAGGUGGAUCAGAGCACAGGGAGGAGGUCCGACUGGAUGAUCGUGUCAUACACACGGAUCGCGGCCUCCUGAUCCGGUCGCUGCUGUCCUCUGAUGCUGGAGUUUACUUCUGCGUUGCUCAGGAGCACACCCGUUUCACGCACACUCUCCUGCGCCUCACCCUUCAGCUGGUCUCACACGGACCGCCGGAGGCCAAAACCAACCCCAGCGAAGAACCGAGGCUGGAGCCUCGCCACGAGUCCCGUCAGCAGUACAAAGACUACCUGAGAGUCAUGAGUUCCUCCUUUAACUCCCUGGAGGAAUACUGUGAUUCCCUCUGGCUGGAGAAGAAGACACCCAAGGCUCGAGGCCGAGGACUCAGUGGCGGGAAGUGGAAACACAUUCAAGAGAUGAAGAAGAGCCGGAACCGGAGACACCACAGAGAACAGUGAACAAAGAGCUUGAUGUUGUCAAAACAGAACUAGCAGGUCAUGUGACUGAAAUCUGCAUCUCGCCGUCCGGACCAUCGAGCCAAACCUGUCGGACUUUAACUCGGGGUUGUUUUAGGCCAGUCUUUAUGGAUUUAUGACAACAGUGGCGUCAGAUUCUCUCAACAGUACAGCACAUUCUUCGAUUCUACAUCAGUCCGUCUACAAAUGGGAGCACAGCGUCUUCUUUAAUCCGCUGAAUCCAAUCGACCCUCAACCGUCUUUUCAUUUGUAAACAAUCCUGUUCUGAUUCAUUUCCAGGCCAAUUUGAAAUAAACCAGACGAAAGUCACGACAUUUUCCGACACUGAUAACGCCACAAUGAUUCCUCAGAGUUCUCGUCUUACGAUACCCGUCGGUGAUGGCAGUGGCCGACACGGUGAAUCUGACGGCCCCGUCCCCCCUCACAGAGAUGAAAGACCACCUUGAAUGAGGGUUUUCAGUGGGUGUUCACAUGCUGCCUUUCAAGUGUUGGACUGUACAAGGUCGGCUUUUAGCACAGGUUUCACUGUUUCUCAGUCUGAGGUCAAAUGAUAUCGCUCCUUCUUCUAUUACUGCAAAAAUUGAUUUAAAAAAACGUGGAUUUCUUCAUUUUGUUAAAGCUAUAUUUAAACAUAUCCAGCUUAUUAGGUUAGAAACGUUGCUUUUCAUGUUUUCAAGUUGUAUAUAUUGUACAGAAGAAACAGCAUGUCAAUGAUACACUUUUCUAUUUAAAAUCAUUUAAACUCCUUUCGACACCCAACAAUCGUAUAGCAUUUUGGAACUGGUUGUUUAUUCUCUCUUUAUGCGGCUGUUAUUAUGAUUGUUAUUAUGUUUCUAGACCGAUUAUUAGUCAUUUUUACUUUGAUAAAACCGAAGAAUAUUGAUGCAAAAGCGCUUAAACCUAACCACAAAGCUCACACAUUUGUGAGGAUUUUCACGCUUUGUUUCUUUUUUGUCCGUCUCCAUCAUUGUGUCACUGUAGUUUCAUUCCGACUAGGACAUCCAGGUAUUUGGCAGCAGGACUUCAUAUGUACAGUAAUAUAUUUGUAUGCCUAAAUCCCGCUGAGGCCUAAACCACUUAAUAUUUGAAUGAAAGUCUGAUUCAAUCCGAACAAAUAAUGAUUUAAAUAAAAACAAUAAAAUGUGUUUGGUGUCGCUUUUAAGUAGCAUAUUCUCGCCACAACAAGCCUUAAUAUUCGUCCUUUAAAGUCAAGCUUAAAUGCUAUAAUAAAUCUUUAAAAUAUCAGUUUCUGAAUAAAAAAAGAUGCAUCCAACUUCGCACUGUUUAAUAACGUUUAACAUUUUUAACAUUUAACAUAACAAUAACAUUUUUCUGCAUUUUUCUGCUAUUACAAUUCAGCACAUUGUGAUUUAAUCUGAAUUAUCUCUGAAAUAUCUUUGACAACAGUAUGACAUUCAUUAUUUUCACCCCAAGAAAAAAAAAAAGAAACAAAUAAUAUUGACAAUAAAAAUAAGAUUUACAUCUACGCGUUUUUGCCAUGAAACAAUUGCUGGGAGAUUUUUGGAGUCACAGUCAUUUUUGUUUGUACAAAAAAAUCUAAAAUUAAAUUACAAAAUAAUGGUAACACUUUUUUGGGGAACGUAUAUUAACUAUUAACAAACUAUUUAAACGUUAAUAUUUGGUAAUUCUGAUGUUUAGAGUGAACUUUUGUUGACUAUUCAAGAGUAGUCAGUCUUUGCUAGACACUUACAGUGUCAUGCUUUAUAAUAACUGGCUUGUAUGCUGCAAAUAUGCAUCUGAACAAGUAGUUUAUUUUGGGUAAUAAAUGUUCGCAUAUACAGGAAAUGUCUGUACUGAACGCUCAUUAAAGGAUUACAGAAAAAGCCAAGUCCAAGAGAGGGAUUCCAUUUGAUAAAAUAAAUGUCAGUUCAAACAACCUGAAAACCUCUUUGCUUCUGGUGUGUUCAUGUACAGUACAUCUCCAAUGUAAUACGCAACUUUCAAAAUCCUGAAUUUCAGAAUCAAAUCUGUUAUGAGUCACUGAUGUUUCCAUCAGUCAUUUUCCUUUUUUUUAGCUGCUGUGUUCUUCACUUAAAGAAAUAAUUCAUGACUUGCGUAAGACAGACGUCUCUGUUAUUCCUCCCAAUGUGCCGCAGGUUGUCAGAGUCAUGGUGCAUCCGUUUUUUUAAAUAAACCUGUCAAGAAUAAAAAGUGUGGUUUUGUUUGAGGGAGGCUUGACGAAAGCUGGGAGGACACGGCAACACGUGGUCCGCGAUUGAAGAAGCGCGGAUCUCUUCUUCCUCACAAAUCAGUCUGUGUGCUGCCGGACAAACGCUGCAGCAAGAAAAGCAUGUGAGCGAUGACUGAAGUAUCCUGAGUGACGCCACAUCGCACAUGUCAAAGCUAUUUUUCUUAGACAACUAAGCCGGACUGCGCUCCUUGUUGAAGUC